GAGGAUUCCGGUUCUAUCAUCUGGCCUACAGGAGACCCUGUGUGGAUGUUUUUAUUGUACUCCGUGGACUGAAAGUCAAAGUUCAGACAAUCUUUUUUUACAGUUUAUAUUUUGUUAUCUCGUCGCAUGUUUUUCACAUGCGAAAAUUGAAGGCACUCUUCUGUUGGAGCUGGCUUCAAGUCAGACGUUACAGCCCCUAAAAUUAAUCUUACGUGAUGUCAAGAGAUUAAGCAUUUACUUUGCACUACUAUUAGAAGUUGUUGUUAACAGAAUGUCAGGAAGUCACUCAAGCUCUGAUGACAGCAGCGAUUCCAGGAAAAGACCCCGGGAGAAAGAUAUGGACCCAGAUACCAGUCCGAAACGUCCAAACUGUGAGGAUAACGUCCAGCUGAAAAUCUUGGUUCCAUCAAUUGCUGCUGGAGCAGUCAUUGGGAAGUCUGGCGAGGCCAUCGGCCGGAUUCAAAAGGAUACUAAUACAAAGGUCAAGAUAUCAAAACAAGAUGAAUUUUAUCCUGGUCAUUCACCAUACAAGUACAACAGAACGUGUUUGCCUAAUUAUUGGAUCGUUCGAUGGUGUCAUUACUGUACAUAAUUAUAUAAUGGAUCGAAUCAUGGAAAAACCUGAUCCUAAUCCAAAUACAACUGGAGAAGGCAGACUGAAUGUUGAACGUCAUAAGCAGGUGAAAAUUCUUGUACCGAAUAGUACAGCUGGUAUGGUUAUAGGGAAAGGUGGAUCAUAUAUUCAAGAGAUCAAAGAGAAAACUGGUGCAUAUGUGCAAAUUUCACAAAAAUCUCGCGAAUUCAAUCUCUUAGAACGAUGCAUUGUUGUUGCCGGUGAACUAGAUCAAGCACGCGCUGCUGUUCAUUUAAUUUUAAAUGUUAUUGCUACAGAUCCACAAUCAGCUAGUUGUCCAAAUCUUUCAUAUCAUGAUAUUCAAGGACCAGUAGCUAGUGUUUAUCCAACUGGUUCACCAUAUGCAACACCGAUUAUUCCUUAUUUAACAGGUUCGACUAUUUUAUCUAAUCCAUCAAUUGAUACAAAUUCUGCUUCUGCUACAGCAGCAGCGGCUGCUGCCGCUGCAGCGGCAACUAUGAUGGCAGCAGCUGUAGCAUUUACACCUGGUCCAUCGUCACAACCAAUCACAUCAUCAUUUAUUUCUUCACCAGGCGGUAGUACUACAUUUGGAUUUUUUCCACCGAAUUUUCAAUCAACACCAGAUAUUGCAACAAUUGCAGCGUUAACAUCAAAUCCUACAGCUACUGGUGGAUCAAUCGUUUUGCCGUCUAUACUACCUAACACUGGUAAUGAUAGAACUCUAUGUAGUAAUUUGUCAGGAGAUUUAUUUUCACAAACUGUUGGUGUGGGUGGUAGUAGUUCACCAUGGUCAAAUAUUUCAGGACGAACUGGAUUCGAUGUAAUAGUGCCUGAUCUUAAUGCUGCUUCUGCAUUAACAACAGUAUCAGUUGCACAAGAACCUUUAACUGGAUCUUUUAUAUCACCUAAACCACAAGAUUCUCAGUCAAGUCGUUCUGCAUUAUCGCCUCCAGUAUACUUUCCUUCAUCUUCAUUUAUUCCAGCACCACUUCGAAUGUCUCCUACAGCUUUAUUUGGUUAUCCAACAAUUGGCUAUGGAAAUCCUCCACCUGUACAACAUAGUCAUUUAACACCAACUCGAGGUAUACAACCAAUACCCCUAACUGAAACUAGUUCACCAUCAAUUUGCAGCAAUUCAUCAAAUUUACCAUCAUUAUUUACAUCACCAACUGGACUAACUGCUAAUAUUGCUACAUUAGCUGCUCUUUCCGCUGCGAUUACAGUAUCAGGUGUACCAACUGUAACAAAUACAAUUACAACAAAUGUAACAAUUAAUUGUACAAAAUCUUUACCAAUUCUUUCAAAUCCUAAUCCACUUGGAACUGGUUCAACUGGUGCUUUAUUUAAUUUAUUACCUUGUUCUCAGUUAUCAUCAUUUAAUGUUACACCAAUUGUACCACAUGUAGUUGUAUCGAAUGAUUCAAUUACAAUGUCAGUACCUAAUUUAUCAUCAAAUCCAUUUUUAUUAUCACUUACAGAAAGUGAUAUAAAUCAACCUAAUAUACAACAACAGUCAUCUUUAGCUCCAAGUAUAAAUUCAUCGGCACAAGUUACCGCUUUACCAUCUUCAUCAACAUUAAUUGGAUUUCAUGGAAUACAAUAUAAUUCAGGAUCAAAUAUCAUUACACCUAUGGGAAAUUAUGUUACAUACAGACGUGUUAUAUCUGUUCCAGAAAGUGUGAUCAAUAUAAUCCUUGGUCAUCAAGGUCGAUCUAUUAUGGAUUUACAAUUAUUUACUGGUACUGCCAUACAAAUAUCUCAGAAAAGCACUUAUUUAUCUGGUACACAAUAUCGUACUGUCACAAUAAUUGGACCACAAGUCAAUGUACAAUCAGCAGCUGAUGUAAUUGAGCAUAUAGCAGUUAUUGAGCAUAUGAAACGAGAAUCUGGUUCAUAUCAACAACAUUCAUUAUCGUUAUCACUUCCCGGUAAUGGUAGUAGUACUAGUACUGUUGGGCGUCCAUGUAGUGUUAGUGGUGGUCAACUAAAUUCGGAUUAUUUUAUACAAUCUGGAAUAUCACAUCCAUUCACAUCAUCGACAUCAUUUUCAUCAUCUUGCAUUAAAGGAAAUUAUCCAGAAUGCCAGUCAACAUGUUCAGCAUCGAAUACUGGUAUAUCAUGUCCGAUAAGUAUGAUUAGCUCACUUCCUUUGACUACUUGUAUAGCUACUGUUAAUACUGCCAAUAGUACUAGUGGUAGUAAUGUUAUUAUUACUGGUUUGUCUUUUCCGUCAUCGUCUUGUGAUACUGCUGCUUCUACUUCAAGAAGAUCUGGAGGAGGGAGUGCUGGUGUUAGUGGUUCUGGCGAUUCACUGUCUUUUCAAAGUUCAAUCGACUCAGUAUCUAUGCCUGUAACUAAACGUGAUGAAACAAAGUAGUUUAUUAAUAACAAUACUAUAGAAUCAUUAGAAUUUAACAAAAUAGUUCUAUCACGAUUAACACUACUUAUAAUCGUACUGGUAGUAGUAGUAAUUACUGUUGUAGAGUAUUAGAAGUAGUGUUUUUUUUUUAAAGAAUAACAGUUAACACCGGUGGAAUGUUAAUAACAUAAAGCUAGACGAUCCGAAUUGAAUUGACAAACUAAAUCACACACACACACACAAUUUAUAGGAUUUCAGCUUUACACUCUAUUCGUCUUUCAACGAACACAAAAAAAACCAUUUGAUUUUAUUUAUCUAUUUAUUUAUGUAGUAAACUUAUUUUUCUGUUUUACUUUUUUUUGUGUGUGCAUAUAUAUGUGUGUAUUAUGUAAUAAUGACAGUGAUGGACAAUUUUAUCGAUUUUAACUUCUAUAUAAUUUGGUGUCAUUUUGAUUAUUUAAUGCCUUCGGUUCCUUCACUUCGCCCCACCUUUGUCCAUAGUCUCUCUCUCUCUCUCUCUAUAUAUAUAUAUAUAUAUAUAU